AUGCCGUCCCCUUCCCACUCGAUUCACAUUCUAGGGCUGGGCAGUAUUGGAUCUUUUAUCGCCCAUUCUCUCCGAUCUCUACCAAUCCCGCCUUCGGUGACGCUGCUUGCCCAUCGAAAGAGCCUAUACGAUGACUUCGCAUCUAAUGGAUGGAAGCUCGGUCUCCGUGUUGGUGAAGAUGGCCCCUUGGACGAGCGAGGUGGAUUUAAUGCCGAGCUCCUGGGUAGCUCAGCCUCUUCUGACCCAAUUCAUAAUUUAAUCGUUGCCGUCAAAGCCUCGGCGACAGUCGCCGCCUUGGAGCCCCUUCGGCAUCGCAUUGGACCCCAAUCAACCAUCUGCUUGUUCCAAAAUGGCAUGGGUCAAAUCGAGGAUCUCAACCAGCAUGUCUUUAUUGACCCUUCUAGUAGGCCCACCUACAUGCUUGGAAUCAUGCGCCAUGGUGUCUAUCUGCGGUCUCCGGUGGAAGCCAUCUUGUCCGGUACAAGUGGAAAUGCAUCACUCGGGGUUGUCGACAGCCACAAACAGACAGCACAACAAUUACAAGCCCAGUAUCUCCUAGAUACUCUACUUCAGCCUACUGCUCUUCACUGUGAGAAAAUGGAAUGGCCGGAUUUAUUCCGAGUUCAACUUUUGAAGCUGGCAUCUAAUUGUGUGCUGAAUCCUCUCACGGCACUUCUUGACGUGCGAAACGGGCGCAUCAAAGACAAUGCCGAUAUUCAGCCCUUGCAACGACAGAUUCUGACAGAGGCCUCGUCUGUAUUUCAAAAUCUUCCCGAAAUGCAGGAACUGUCCCUUGAUCGAGAUCAUUUCUCGACGGAGUCUUUGGAAUCUGUUCUGCGCGAUACGAUUGAAAAAACUGCUCAAAACUCUAGCAGUAUGCGAGAAGAUAUUCUCAAGGGCCGGAGUACCGAGAUCCAGUACAUCAAUGGUUGGAUCGUUCGACGUGCCAGGGCCAUGGGUCUUAACUGCGAGGCAAACUCUUCCCUUGCUCAACUCGUACUGGCUAAAAGUGGUUUCACUAUGAACAAUGGCAAGUAA